CGAUCACCUCCCCGCGCGACUCUUCAGCCGACCAGUUGAGUAUAAGAGAGAUAGAAGGUUCUCUCGUCUUUCUCACUCUCUAUCCGCCGCUUCCCUUCAUCAUGGGGCAUUUCUGAACGCCGUCGUCCACCAUGGUUAAACUACGAAGCAUUCGGAAGCGGGCUUCGAAUAGCCCACGAUCAAGACGUCAACAGCGGGCCCAUCGUAAAGAUAACUUAUUCUUUAAGUGCUUUGAGUAUUGUCAGGAGUGUGACGCAGAUAUUUUCAUUAUGAUUCGGCUCAGGCACAAUGGCCAGAUCCAAUUCUUUAACUCCAACGACCAAUAGCCCCCAUCCCUCGAGGAGCUGGUGGAUUCGUCUCCUUAUGACCGUGCUCUUU